AUGGCUGACGGAGGCGAGUGGAUCCAUGCUAUAAUAAGCUUCCUCGAGCCUUACCGGUUUUUGUUAGAUGCCCAUGUCGUCAAUUUCUUCAAGGCAUUUGACCUCACAUAUGCAGUGAAAGAAUUAACAACUCAUGAUAGACUGUGGGAAGCAGUUGAUAAAGAGUGGAUGGAUUGCCUGCGGGGAGAGCCUGUGGAGAAACUUUUGCAAAUUCCUUCUGGUGUGGUGGAGGGUAAUUGGCCUGCUUCACUUAAAGAAUAUGUCCGUAAGUUGAGGUCCCUUUCUCUUCCCCGUGAUCAAGCUGAUCUGCAGGAGGCUUUCCCAGGUCUGAGAGCAGCACCACUGAACAGUGUCCUUGCCCAAGGCAUGAAUCAGAAGAAAAAACAUGAGAUAGAAGCUCUUGCUGCUGUUAUUGGUUCCAUUGCUAGGAGAGCUGGGGCAGACACUAUUGUAGAUGUUGGCUCUGGUCAAGGUUAUCUUGCUCAAGUUCUUUCAUUUGAAUAUGAGCUUUCUGUCAUAGCAAUUGAUGCCUCUUCCCAUCAUGGGAGCAUAACUGAUGCACGGGCCAAGCGUAUUGAGAAGUACUAUGCAUCUAAAAUACGCAAGUCUCGAUCAGAGAAUAAAAGUUUUAGCAAGCCAAGAACAGUCACAUGCCGAGUGCUAUCACCUACCAUGUUGAAAGAUAUCAGCAGCUCCCUAGUGCAAGUAAAUGACUCGGAGAAUCCAGCUAUUUUUAGAGAAAAGACUGAUGAGCAAUGUUCAGAAAGAACUUCUGGAAGUGAAUCUUCCCCUCCCCUUAAAACGGAGGACUCUUCAUUGGUUCUGGCUGGGCUUCAUGCAUGUGGAGAUUUAUCGGUGACAAUGAUUAGGACCUUUUUGGAAUGUGAUGAGGUUAAAGCGUUGGUGAGUAUUGGUUGUUGUUAUAACUUACUAUCCGAAGAAGGCAUCAACGAGGCUGAUAGUCGAUGUGGCUUCCCAGUGAGUACAGGUGCUAAAUCUGCAUGUUUACAACUAGGGAAAAAUGCCCGUGAUCUUGCCUGUCAGAGUGCAGAGAGAUGGAGAGGUUUGGGAGAAGCUGUUGGCCUCCACAACUUUGAGCUUCAUGUAUUUCGUGCUGCCUUUCAGAUGGUACUUCUUCGGAACUAUCCAGAAGUUAUAACUAGAAGCCCAGCAAUAGGUCGUCAAGGAAAGGCUUUGCGUCGCCAGCAUCAUCGCAGGAUCCUGGAGUCUAAUGUAGAUAUUACUGAGUCUUUACCUCAGAAAAAUUGUUCAACAUCGGCUAUGAAAUACUUGCUUAGAGAUCCAUCUCCAUGUCCACAAUCUUCAUGUGGAGAGUGUAGUGCUGUUGAUAGAUAUUCCAUGUUUGUAAAAUUCUGCAAAUCUGGAUUAGAUCGGCUUGGUCUCCAUGAUUCCCAGGAUAUUGAAUUUUCAAAGCAUUGGAAGGAAGCAGAAGUUUUUUCCGAACUUGUUGGACCUUAUUGGACACUUCGGGCUUCUUUAGGCCCUGUUUUGGAGACACUCUUGCUUCUUGACAGGUUACUGUUUCUCCAAGAGCAGGGAAAUGUGCUUCAGGCAAUUUUGGUUCCUUUAUUUGAUCCUGUAUUAUCUCCAAGAAAUUUGGCUUUAAUUGCUGAAAAAGUGAUAUUUUCUGAAGGGGUAAGGUUAAAUGGGUAUUUGUCAUUCAUCGACAAACGUGAAGAGAAAGACGGGGUGGGAAAGCGGCAGGGACGAUUUAGAUUCCAAGCUGAAAAAAGGCGGCUCCGGCGAUUUUGCCACGUUUAUCACUUGUACACUCAGCAAGGCAAGAAAGGGACUAAUCAAGACGCCAUGAUCUUUUGGGAGGUCGUCAAUAAAAGUGCGACCUUUUGCGGGGUGUUCGAUGGUCACGGCCCUUACGGUCAUAUGGUGGCUAGGAAAGUUAGAGAUGCCCUCCCACUUUUAUUACGUUCCCAUUGGAAAAGUAAGCCAGAAAAGGAUAUUUCGAAUAAAGAAGUGGCGCACGAGAAUGGAAAUAUUGAAGGUAUGAGGCGAUUUGACGACUUUGUGGAUGAAGAUGGUUGUGAAUCUUCGGAAGCUGAGGAAACCGAGAAGAUUCCCGAGAUUCAUAUGCCGUUAAAGAAGUCGAUAUUGAGAGCAUUCAGGUUAAUGGAUAAGGAACUGAAAGCGCACCCCACAAUUGAUUGCUUUUGUAGUGGUACGACUGCCGUGACUCUAAUAAAGCAGGGCCAAGACCUCAUAAUUGGGAAUGUAGGUGACUCGAGAGCAGUGCUGGCAACACGAGAUAAAGACAAUGCUUUGGUGGCUGUACAGUUAACUGUCGACUUGAAACCUAAUCUUCCAAGGGAAGCUGCUAGGAUCCAAAAAUGUAAAGGAAGGGUAUUCGCAUUGCAAGACGAGCCAGAAGUGGCACGUGUGUGGCUUCCAAACAGUGACUCUCCUGGCUUAGCCAUGGCUCGAGCAUUUGGAGACUUCUGUCUAAAGGAUUUUGGUUUGAUAUCCAUCCCGGAUGUUUAUCACCACCAUAUUACAGAGAAGGACGAAUUCGUAAUUCUCGCCACUGAUGGGGUCUGGGACGUACUAUCCAAUAAAGAAGCAGUGAACAUAGUGGCCUCUGCUCCCAGCCAAGGAACAGCCGCUCGAGCCCUCGUUGACUGUGCCACGCGUGCAUGGCGGCUCAAGUACCCAACCUCAAAAACCGAUGAUUGUGCAGUUGUCUGUUUAUUCCUCGAGCACUUGCCCCUAACAACAAAAGAUGUUGACCAGGAAGAAAAGAAUGUUCCGGAAGAAGAAACUCGUACAGUUUCCUCAGAGUUGGAGAACCAAAAUGAAGUUACGACAAAAGAAUCGAGUGAGAUAGUGCCCGCUGUCGAUGAGGAGAAGACGGUUGACUCCAAGACUAUCGGUCAAUCUAAGAGGAGUUUGGCUGAGUGCCUCUCGACUGCUGAGGAUGAGGAGUGGUCGGCCCUUGAAGGUAUAACGAGGGUUAAUAGCCUGCUUAGCCUUCCGAGGUUCUCGCCCUUUGAUAAAAGGUCCACGAGCUGGAGAAAAUGGAUUUGAAUUAGAUUUAAGUAUUAAGCGGGUAUAUAUAAUAUAAUACAUGUGUGUGUUGUUGCCUGGAGAUGAAGCUGAUGUUUUGAGAAUGACUUGAGCAGGGGUGUGAGGUGUUUGUUUGGGUGAACUGAGAUAGAAGAUAUUUUUUUGUAUUUAUUGAGCUUUUAAUUUAAACAUGUGUAAUUUUUAGAUAGCAACACCUUUUGGUCGUCUGUAAUAGUUGCUACUCUUGCCUUGUGCGAGGAGAAAAAACUGUGUGCACUGAAUUGUUUACAAAAUUAAUUUUGGACUUGUAAUUUUUAUUAUUCUUUUUUCAUGGUAACUUUUGUUUCAAGGAUCAAUUAUUA